GUAUGUAAAGGCCUGAGGUGAAUUUAUAUCUGUAUGCAGUCACCUUUCAGGGGCACAUCCACGUUCGCUGUGGAUAUAAAGGAACGGCAAUCUAGGACAUAUCAUAGAGGACCCAACGCCCAUAUCUUCAAAAGACCAGUGUUCCCUUAUCAACAGAUAUCAACAGACACAGCGAAAAGGGUGUGCAAGGCUAUAUAUAUUGUCAACAGGAUACUAAACCAGUACUAGCGCCAUCUGUAGCCAAAUCACGGGAUAUGCCGCGAGGGCUUCCUGAUAUGGGAACACAACCCUCUCGCACAAACAUCUUACAUCCUAGAAAGAUAAAUGCCCCCAGGUCCUCUUGUUCUUUUGCUCUUCGUCUGCUUUCUCUAUUGCUGUGCUUCACGGACCUGGUUGUGCAUCCAUCAUCAUUCUUCUUCAGGCACUCAUACUUGAAAGCAUCCGUUUAGAACAAAAAGUCCAAAACAAAAAUGGAUGCUUUUCCCCGACGCGUUUCUCAUGCUGUUGUUGACCUGACAGCUAAUCAACCUCCUGGGGCACCAUCAAACCAAAUGCUGGUAGAGAAUCAGGCUGCUUCGGCGGGACAGGACGUAAACCGCAUGCCAGCACGUUUUCUUAGUUGGGUGCGAAUCAUCAUCAGCAUCACAUGUGCUCCUGAGCACCCCGGCGUCAACGGUGGCAACGGGCGUGAAUUCAACUUCUUCGAUUAUAUCCCGCGUGAUAUGAUCGGGCGCAGACUCGAGUCCUCCAACAUCCGCUGGGAACCCGCGGGUCGCUAUUUUGCAGGAAUCCGUGACAGAUACCACAACGUCGUCUUGAACUCGCAGGUCUGGGAUUGCCAGUUCUGCGGUGAGAUCUCAAAGCACCUUUACAUGUCGGGCAUGCCACGUCUCAUGGACAUGCGUAAGUGGCUUGUCUAUGCGAUUCCGAUUUGUCGUACUCUUGGGCCGUGCGACCGAAAAGCCGUUAUGUUGGUCGACCAAAUUUUUAGAGAGCGAUUCCCAAGGGUUGCUAUUCCUGAUGGUCCUUGCUGUGAAGUGUGUGGAUUCAUCCACAAUCUUAAGCAGUGUACUCGAUGCAAGAUGAUCCAGUACUGUUCGAUUGAAUGCCAGGCCCACCACUGGCCAAUUCAUAAGAAAGACUGCAGAAAUGCUGAGCGUGAGAUACUUGGUAUCAGGGAAGGACAGAACUGAAGAGGCGAACCCCAGAAAACAAGGAA